CUUACGUAAGGCUGGUGCUCCGGUUUCCUGGCUGACAAGAUGGCGGCUCCUGGACCGGGGGAGUAUUUCAGCGUCGGCAGCCAGGUCUCCUGUCUCACCUGCUUGGGACAGCGCCUCCAGGGGGAGGUCGUGGCCUUCGACUACCAGUCCAAGAUGCUGACUUUGAAAUGCCCCUCCUCCAGUGGCAAGCCCAACCUCAGUGACGUUAUCCUGAUUAAUUUAGCUUACGUUUCAAAUGUGGAUAUAAUCAAUGACCGCACUGAAACUCCUCCUCCUUUAGCAUCACUGAAUGUGAACAAGCUUGCCAUCCGAGCACGGGCGGAAAAGGAAGACAAGUUAUCCCAAGCGUAUGCAAUUAGUGCUGGAGUCUCCAUGGAGGGUCAGCAGCUUUUUCAGACAAUACAUAAAACCAUCAAAGACUGUAAAUGGCAGGAGAAGAAUAUCAUUGUGAUGGAUGAUGUUGUAAUCGCACCACCUUACCAGGUUGACAACUGUAAAGGCAAAGAGGGGGGAAGCGCUUUAAGCCAUGUACGCAAAAUUGUUGAGAAACAUUUUAAAGAUGUGGAAACUCAGAAGGUAAUGCAGCGUUCACAAGCACAGCAAACACAGAAGGAAUCCGCUUUGUCGUCUUGAGCCAGUGAAUCCUCAGGACAGGGUGUUUCUUUCCAUUCGCCAGACAGAGGGACCAUGUCUCUUCCCCCUGCCAGUCUCUGGCAGGGGAGGGGGGGUUAGUUCCAUCAGUUCAUUGUGUCUGGGAGACCUAAACCAUUUAAGAAAAGAAAGCUGACAGAAUUCUCAAAUUAGGCUUUUUAAUGAAAAAUAAUUUAAAGACCAUACAGUUUACUAAACUAACUUUCCUAUCCCCCCCCCCCCCCAUUCUGCUUUUGUUCAUCUCAUCUCCCUUUUUUAUAUCAAAAAAAUUAAGUAUAUUUUCAGGCUCUUAUUUAAAUUCAUUUUUAUUUGUUUUCCUUGCUGUAUCCAUGUUAAACAGGUUUAUAUUUUUUACUCCUAUCGUAUGAUGAAAACAUAAUGUGACUUGAAAUACCACACUUUACAAAAGACAUUUUCUAAAAUAAAAAUAACAAAAAAUUCUGACUAAUUUUAAUAGCUUUUGGAAGAAGCAAAGUUUUUUUUUAUUUUUUAUUUAAGAACAUUAAGAAAGGGGUGUCACAAAUGAAAUUAAGUUGUAAAAUUGCACUUUUAAAAGGAAAAAGAAGGGAUUGCAUUUGAUGUUUUUGCAAUUUUCUUGACAAAGGCGGGAGUUAUAAUGUUACAGAUCUUCUGUAAAACACCUCAGCCUCUCUUUUAUUCUUUUGAGCGUUUUGGUUUUAUUGCUUAUUUAUGGUCUUUUUAUUUUUUGCUAUAUUUUAAAAAUUGUCACAUUAAGUCGUCGUGAAACUUCUGGGGGUUCUGUAGCCCUGCCAAAAUGUGUUCUCUAAACACCAACUGCUGUGCGAGGAGUGCUUUGCUUUCGUUUUACUUGUGAAAUAUGGGAGUGUGACACUUGAUCUUUACCCUAUGGAUCUAUUUGUCAAUUGCUCCUCUUCCGUAAUUCUGAUUUUGAGUCCUUUUAGAUAGCUCCAGAACACAAGGCAUCCAGAAAUUAAAAAAACACUUGCGCCUCUCUCCCAAAAAAAUAAAGACCAUGAGAUCUUCAAUGUUGUGCUAAGUUUUUAUUAAAGUAAAAUAAAAUUACAAGGUCCUACCUCUUGGGAUACAGAAACGUUAACAUUUCAAUGCAGUCUUAGAGACGUAUUUCUUCCUCAUUUAAACACUUUGGUCCACAAUGGUUGGUAAAUUAUUCCCUCGUCCAAAGUCCUCUAUGCAUUCCUGCCUAGUUUGCAAACUGGUUUCUCUGAAUAUUCUCGACUGGACAGCGUAUUAUAAAGUGCAGCGCUCCUGAGGUUGCAGCCAUUGUCUUCCUGUGUUUUACAGCUGGAUUUCUGUACCCUCUCUGGAAUUUUUAAUUACAGUACAGGAGUUUACUCUAAUGUGGGAGCGCUGAGUAUGGGCAUUAGGUGGUGUAGUAGGAUGUUGCAGCUGCCUAUCAAUAUAUCUUUCCCUCCAGCAUAGACCUGCUACUGAACUAGGCUGGCUUGAGAGGACAGACAGCUGGAUGUUCUAUGCAUUCAAUGGGAGUACUUUUCUAUGAGAUGUAUAAUAAACGUAUUGAGCAGC